AGUAAAAUGUGUGUGCAUGCUCAAGCGGGAGUGCGCACGGGACAGUAACACACCGGCCGGAUCUGGGAGUUGCGAGGAUGGAGAUCCGACCAGACAGAUUUAAGGCGUCUGCCGGCAAAACUCUGGGAAAGAUACACAGACUGCUGGAGAAACGGCAGCCCAAUGGCGAGACUAUCGAGCUGUCAGCCGAGGGGCGUCCGGAGCUGGUGGAGGAGAAGGAGCUGCCCGUGGUUGACUGUACCUGCUUUGGCCUGCCCCGCCGCUACAUCAUGGCCAUCCUGUCUGGCCUGGGCUUUUGCAUCUCUUUUGGUAUACGCUGUAAUCUGGGCGUAGCCAUUGUUAGCAUGGUCAACGACCACACUGUAUUUAAAGGCAACAAGGAGGUGCUAGUGGCAGCACAGUUCAGAUGGGACCCAGAGACGGUGGGGAUGAUACACGGUUCUUUCUUCUGGGGCUACAUCGUCACACAGAUUCCAGGUGGCUUCAUAUGUCAAAAGUUUGCUGCCAACAGAGUGUUUGGCUUUGCCAUAGUGGCCACAUCUACUUUGAACAUGCUGAUUCCAUCUGCCGCCCGCUGCCACUACAGCUGUGUCAUUCUAGUCAGGAUAUGCCAGGGCCUCGUUGAGGGGGUCUCAUACCCAGCAUGCCAUGGGAUCUGGGCCAAGUGGGCUCCACCUCUGGAGAGAAGUCGUCUGGCCACAACAGCCUUCUGUGGUUCCUAUGCUGGAGCUGUGGUGGCCAUGCCUCUAGCUGGAAUACUGGUGCAGUACACAGGGUGGCCAUCUGUCUUCUACCUAUAUGGCUGCGUUGGGAUAUUUUGGUAUCUCUUCUGGCUGCUGGUGUCUUAUGAGAGUCCAGCCGCUCAUCCCACGAUCACUCCUGAGGAGAGGAAAUACAUUGAAGACGCCAUCGGAGAGUCUGCUGGCCUGGUGAAUCCUCUCCAGAAAUUCAAAACCCCAUGGAAACAGUUCUUCACCUCCAUGCCGGUGUACGCCAUCAUUGUGGCCAACUUCUGCCGGAGCUGGACCUUCUACCUGCUGCUCAUCAGCCAGCCAGCUUACUUUGAAGAGGUGUUUGGCUUUGAGAUCAGCAAGGUGGGGAUGGUGUCAGCCCUGCCUCACCUGGUGAUGACCAUCAUCGUGCCCAUCGGGGGCCAGCUGGCAGAUUACCUGAGAACUCACAAUCUGAUGACCACCACCAACGUCAGAAAGCUCAUGAACUGUGGAGGAUUUGGUAUGGAGGCCACUCUGCUGCUGGUGGUAGGAUUCUCACACACCAAAGUUGUAGCCAUUUCAUUCUUGGUCCUCGCUGUGGGUUUUAGCGGAUUUGCCAUCUCAGGUUUCAAUGUCAAUCACCUAGACAUUGCUCCCCGCUAUGCCAGCAUCCUGAUGGGGAUCUCCAAUGGAGUAGGCACUCUGUCUGGGAUGGUGUGUCCUCUUAUUGUUGGAGCUAUGACCAAGCAUAAGACACGUGAUGAAUGGCAGUAUGUGUUCCUCAUCGCCAGCCUGGUUCACUAUGGAGGGGUCAUCUUCUAUGGGAUUUUUGCAUCUGGAGAGAAGCAGCCAUGGGCAGAUGCGGAGGACACAAGCGAUGAGAAGUGUGGCAUCAUUAAUGAGGAUGAACUGGCCAAUGAAACUGAAGAAAUGUACCGAACAGGUGGAGGCGGUCACUACGGAGCUAUGAGCCAGCCGAACGCAGGACCCAACGGAGGGCGAGGUGGAGAGGGUGGGGGUGCGGGGUGGGUGACGGACUGGGAGAAGACGGAAGAGUAUGUUCAGCCUCCAGGUUACAACAAGGGGGAGGGCCAGAGAAACCUGACAUAAAAGCGAUAAACAGGAAGAAAGAAAA